ACAUAUGAGAGGUUCACUGUAACUUUACUAUGACCGUCGUGUCCACAGUUUGAGCUUUUUCUCAUGUGAAUCUGAAAGUUCAGCUCUUGUGUGGCGAUGAGUGUAUCCGACCUUCCUCGUGGCUCUUUCUGUUUCCCGUACAGGGUGGAGGUGACAGCAGCCGGCGGCUCAGGCCUGCUCUGUGCUUUCUAUUUUCUGCUCAGUGUGUCUGCAGCUGUUGUUUGUCACUCUGCCUCUCGGGUUCUGGCAGGAGGUCGGUGGGUAAAAGCACGCUGACCUCUCACUUCCACUCAGCCAUGGAGCUUCAGCGUGCAGCACUGGCCACGUUGUUCCUGCUCACACUGCUCUCAUCGGAGUGCAAUGGCAGGAACGAAGAGGAGCGUGUCAUUGAAUACGUAUUUAAAGAGAUGGGAUACAACAAGGAGCUGCGUCCCGUCGAGAAGCAGCAGGAUGUUGUCGAUGUUUACCUCGCCCUCACGCUCUCCAACCUCAUCUCUCUGAAAGAAGUAGAUGAGACGCUGCUGACGAACGUGUGGCUGGAAAUUACGUGGACUGACUACCGGCUGACGUGGAAUUCCACAGAGUUUGGUGGCAUUGAGAUACUCCGAUUGCCGCCCAGCAUGGUGUGGCUGCCGGAGAUCGUUCUGGAAAACAAUAAUGAUGCCCAGUUUGAAGUGGCCUACUACAGUAAUGUACUGGUGUAUAGUAAUGGUUUCUGCUACUGGUUGCCACCGGCCAUCUUCCGCUCCUCCUGCUCCAUCAACGUCAGAUAUUUCCCCUUCGACUGGCAGAACUGCACGCUCAAGUUCACCUCUCUGACCUACAAUGCCAAAGAGAUCCGGAUGCUCCUGAAAGAAGAAUACGCCGGAGAAGUCGCCAACUAUACAGUAGAGUGGGUCAUUAUUGACCCUGCUAGCUGGACAGAAAACGGCGAGUGGGAGAUCGUCCACCGGCCGGCCAAGAGAAACAUCUACAAGCACAUCCCCAUGGACAGCAACAAGCACCAGGACAUCACCUUCUACCUGGUCAUCAAACGCAAACCUCUAUUCUACAUUGUCAACAUCAUCAUUCCCUGUGUGCUCAUCUCCUUCCUGGCCUGCCUCGUCUACUACCUGCCCGCUGACAGUGGUGAGAAGAUGACCUUGUCCAUCUCUGUGCUGCUCGCUCAGUCUGUCUUCCUGCUGCUGAUCUCUCAAAGGCUGCCAGAAACUUCCAUGUCUGUUCCGCUUAUUGUUAAGUAUUUGAUGUUCAUCAUGGUGCUGGUUACUGUGGUCGUUUUAAACUGUGUGGUCGUCCUCAACCUGCACUUCAGGACGCCGAGCACGCACGUCAUGACUGAGUGGACCAAGAGGUUUUUCCUCGAACGGUUGCCUCGGCUCUUGCUCAUGUCCCACCCUGCGGAGGCAGAGCCAGCGUGGGAGGGAGCGUUGCCGCGACGAUCGAGUUCAGUGGGUUACAUCGCCAAAGCGGACGAGUACUACACCGUCAAGUCUCGCAGCGAGCUGAUGUUUGAGAAACAAUCGGAGAGACACGGCUUCACCACUCGAGUCACCCACGCAGCAUUGGUGAAACCCCAGGAUGAUGGAGGUGUGACGGAUCAGCUGUACUCUGAAAUGAAGCCAGCUGUGGACGGAGCGAACUACAUCAUCAAACACAUGCGCAACAAAAACGAAUACAACGAGGAGAAAGAUAACUGGAGCGGCAUCGCUCGCACUGUGGACCGUCUCUGCCUCUUCCUGAUCACUCCUGUGAUGAUCCUUGGCACCAUCAUCAUCUUCCUGAUGGGAGCCUGCAACAGUCCUCCACGUCUGCCCUUUGAAGGAGACCCGCAUGACUACAUGGAGAACCAUGCACGUCUGCUGUAAACAUGAACAAAAACACCCAACACAGCAGAGAGCGCUGUUACUGUGUUCAUAUCCUGAGGUUUGUUACUCUGUAUGACAAAAUACUGUAGCUGUGUGUGUUUUCUUGUGUUGAAUGAAUAACUAUUUGAUUUAAUCCAGUGUUUGUGGUUUGAAUAAAGAUUUAUAAUCAGAAAUCUUUGACAUGAUUUGUUCUGUUCACAAUGAUUGAACCAGCAGUUUUUUAAGCACAGCCAGGCUGAGAAUAUUCACUUUCACUCUUUAACCUUUUUUUCUUUGCAUAAACCAAAGAGUGUUUUUUUUUUAAACACUCCAAGGUUCGGUGUGUAAAACGUCACCACUAGAUGUCAUUAGAUUGCAUAUUGCAGUCAGUUAAAUUCUAUGUUUUUAACUCUCCCAAUUCGAAUGCAUGACCAGUGACACAGAUAUCGAGGUGAGCUGGUGAGGAUAUCCUGCACCUUUCUGUCAGUAAGUGCUGCUGUUAGUCAGCAUUAGUACAACAGUCUGUAAAGUGGAUGUAACUUUGUUGGAUUCUGAGACUUGGAUAAUAAACUCUCAUAUCAUGUGAGAUACUUUACCUUUAAAAAAACUGUUUAAGUGUGAUUUUUAGGACACUUCAGUCCUACAUUACCUGGCAUAAUGUUAGUUUAUAACCAGCUCUGCUCAGGAAACGGUUAAACAUGAGCUGGCAGGUAGGUCCAUAAAAUGUUCAAGUAAAAACGUUGCAUUCUCUUGUAUUUUGAUUAGAGUGAAGAUUUAAGAUCGAGUGGAUCCCAUGGGGUUUCCUGAGUUUUAAGCACUCUUGACUUUAGGAUUGAGGGUUAAUCACUGAACAGUGAAGACAGAUGCACUGACUCUCUGGAACAUGGUGCAAACUGUCACAUGCACUGCUGUCUGAAAACACAGGGCUGCAUUACAUCCUGCAUCACCUCGAUCAAGCCAGGACGUAGGACAGGAUGGUGUUCGUGGACUUCAGCAUCAUAAUCUCAGACAUCCUCCACCAGAAGCUCACCCAGCUUACUGUGCCUGCCUCCACCUGUCAGUGGAUCACUAUCUUCCUGACAGACUGGCAGCAGCAGGUGAGGCUGAAGCGCAUCACAUCCCACACAUAGACCAUUAGCACCGGCCUCCCACAGGGGUGCACUCUCUCCCUGCUCUUCUCCCUCUACACUAAUGUUACAGCACCUCAGCAGAAUCAUCUGUGAAACCAUCACGGUUCUGCUCUAGGAUGAUGACGAGGCUGCCUGCAGACAGGAGGUGGACCAGCUGGUGCUGUAAGAACCACCUGGAGCUGAACCCGCUGUGGACUUGGAGAACCUGCCCCCCUCCAUAUUUUUUAAAGCAAAACUUUAUUUUUUUCCCUACACACUUCAUUUUUUACCAGCUAUACCACAAACUUUUUUGAUGUAUGUGGAAAACUUGCUGGAACUAAAACACAAGAAGAGAUGAUGUCUCUGGACUGGACUGUGUCAGCCCUGUAAAGCCUGAACCUGGAAAUAAUUGGCAGAAAAUUCAAAGGUUUUGAAAGUGGAGUGUUUAUUAAACCACCAGACAGAUAUUAAAGGCACUUUUCUGCAAUUUAUGGCAGUGAUGAUGUAAUGUGAUGUAUCAAAUAUGAUACACUAAGUAUUACAGGGUUGAAAAAAUAAAGUCUCAGUUCUUCACUUACAUAUACAUUAUGGCAGAAAUCUUAUUGCCUUGCGACCACUGUUUUAUAAUUAAGACAUUUUCAGAAAUUCACAUUUUCAUUCAAAAACUUUAACAAAAUUUCAAAUGAAAAA